CAAGAGACUUGGUAGCUCAAUCCCUGAGUAUAUCGAAUACCGGGAGAUUGAUCUGCUUGGAAUAAUCGGUUUUCCACUACCAGAAGAAGUGUACUUCACGAUGGGCAUGACUCGGGACCAACCCGCGUACGAGAUUCGUCCAUUUUCCAACCUGGCACGGCAGGCAGCUUCAUUCUUUGAUGAGGGUCUAACGCAAGAUUUCACCAUUAAAGCGGUGUUCAAACCAAAAUCUGAAAAUGGCGGGCCGCUCUUCGGCAUUCUUGACAAUUAUCAGACCGUUAUAAUUCUAGGUGUUAAUAUUUCCUUAGCAGGCAAUGACAAGCAGAAGAUAUCUCUAUUUCUCUCAGAUAGUCAAACUCUUACUCAAACUAGAGAAGUUGCCUCAUUUAUAGUGCCGAGUAUGAUGAAAAAAUGGACCCGAUUUUCGAUAAGUGUUCAGAGACACGUGGCAACUCUCUAUUUUAAUUGUGUGGAAUAUGAUAGUCAAAUAAUCAGAAGGAAUUUAGGAGACUUAAUUUUUCCAAAUGAAGCUGCUGUUUUUGUUGCGAAAUUUGGUCGUCUUACCGAUGAUGGCCAAAGCACAUUUGAGGGAACUAUCCAGGAGUUAUCUAUAACAACAGAUCCAAUUGAUGCAGAGUUCCAAUGUGAGUCUUCUAUAGCUGAAGAAAAUGAGAGUUCUGGAAGUGGGGACGGUCUUGAUGAUUUCCAAAAUGAUGGAACAAUAACCGAGAUAAAUGUUGUUUUAUCUGAAGUAACUGAAUCAAUCUCAAUGAUUUCCGGAUCAGGGAGUGGAGAUGAGGAGGGGUACACGUCGUCAUCAUCUACGUCUUCAUCAUCUACGUCUUCAUCAUGGGACCAUACUGUAGCGGGACCUACUAUGGUGAUGACCUCUAUCGAACCAAUGCUACCGCCAGAAGUCACGCCAACACUGAUUGUUGAAGAAUUAACAGAAAUUAGUUUAACCACUCAAUCAGUUGCUGAUAGCAAGGUUGUUUCCCAAGUACCUACUGCAGACAGAGUUGAUCUCCAAACAAGUGUCACCAGUGGCUUACCAGAUCCUCAAGUGACCUUCAAAGAUGUUAAAGUCACUACCACAGAGAGUCCUCUGCAAGGACCAAAGGGGGAGAAGGGAGAAGUUGGUGCUGUAGGUCCAGAGGGGCCGGAAGGUGCCAAAGGUGAUUCUGGUGUUCCUGGUGUCGACGGUAGAAAUGGCACAGAUGGUUUUCCAGGAACACAGGGUCCUGAGGGACCUAAAGGAGAGAAGGGUGAUGUCGGUGAUGUAGGUCCAGAAGGACCGAAAGGGGACACAGGUGAUAUUGGCAUUCCUGGUGUAGAUGGUAUCAACGGUACAGAUGGUCUUCCAGGGCCUGAAGGUCCACAAGGACCGAAAGGAGAAAAAGGUGAAAUUGGUGUACCUGGCCCUGCUGGUCGAAACGGUACUGACGGACAGGAAGGAUCAGAGGGUUCUGAAGGUCCUCAAGGCCCUCCAGGCCCAAAAGGUGAUCAAGGUAUACAAGGGCCCAAAGGUGAUCCUGGUGAAAUAGGUAUUGAGGGACCAGAAGGUGAAGAAGGUCUACCAGGUGUUGCAGGCCCGCCAGGUGACAAGGGCGAGAAGGGAGAUGUUGGAGACCAAGGGCCACAGGGACCUAAAGGAGAGAAGGGAGAUGCUGGUAUUGGUGUACAAGGUCCUCCCGGUGUUGUCCCCACGUUUGAUCCUGAACAAGUACGGGGACCGAAAGGUGACAAAGGGGACCAAGGACAGGAAGGCUCUGGAGGAAUACCAGGUGAACAUGGGAUGCCGGGUCCGCAGGGAAUUCAGGGAAUUCAAGGAGAAAAGGGUGAACCAGGACAAAAGGGUGACACAGGAUUUGGCAUGAAAGGUCAAAAAGGUGAAGCAGGUAUACCAGGUGAGGAUGGAGAAGAUGGAGAGGAUGGAGCAAAAGGAGAAAGGGGCCUGGGAAUAUACGAUAUUGGCUCUGGAGAUGAAAUGUGGGAGGAAAUUCAGGGAAAAAGAGGAAAGCAGGGUCCGAAAGGGGACAUGGGACCACGUGGAUUCAAUGGCUCUACUGGUGCAGUUGGUCCCCCUGGACCGCCUGGCCCAAGAGGCGAGCCUGGAACACCUGGUCUAGGGGGUAUGAAUUACACAACAGUUGAAGGCCCUCCAGGCCCUGUUGGUCCACAAGGACAGAAGGGUGAUAGCGGCCUACAAGGUGAGCCUGGACUCCAAGGAGCAAGGGGAGAGAAGGGUGACAUGGGCCUACAUGGAGUUGAUGGCAAGAAUGGAAGCAAGGGUGAAACUGGAGAUACAGGCCCAAUGGGCCCAACUGGUAUGCAAGGCAUGAUUGGGCUACAGGGUGAAAGUGGAUUACCUGGACAGCCUGGGGUACCAGGGCCACCAGGACCCCCAGGACCACCUGGAAUUCCACCUACAUGGACACCAUUAUUUACAUCAGAUUUUGAGGGCUCUGGAAGCGGUAAUAAAGAAAACGAAGUAGUUGAGCCAAUACCUGGACUACCGGGUGCCAAAGGAGAAAAAGGUGAUCAAGGUUCAAUUGGUGAUCUUGGGCUUACUGGACCAUCCGGUUUGCCUGGACUACCUGGUGAAGAUGGUGCUAAGGGUGACCAAGGACCAAUAGGGUUGCCAGGUCCACAGGGUCCACGUGGCUUCCCAGGGAUUCCUGGACUAGGAGGACUGCAGGGUAGUCCCGGUGAAUCUAUUAAAGGGGACGAAGGAGCAAUUGGGCCCCCAGGACUAAAAGGUCCACCUGGCCCCCCAGGACCACCUGGUAUUGCACCUACACAUUCAGAUAUCUUUGAAGGUUCAGGAUUAGUAGGAGAAGCUGGGGAGAAGGGACAGAAAGGUGAAAUUGGACCUGUUGGGCCUGCAGGGGUAAUAGGAGUAGAAGGCCCUCACGGCGAGAAGGGACAGAAAGGAGACAGGGGAUUGGAUGGCGUACCGGGCUACAAGGGACCUAAAGGCGACUCUGGAGAUGUUGGUCCACAAGGCAUCAAGGGAUUCGAUGGUACACCAGGAACACUGGGUGAAAAGGGAGAAAAAGGACAAAAAGGCAGCAGUGGUGCCGAUGGUCAGCAUGGAUUCCAUGGAACAAGUGGUCAAAAGGGCGAAAAGGGAGAACCAUACAUACCUGAUAAUGAUAAGUUUCUGGAGAUUAAAGGAGACCCAGGAGAAAAAGGACAUCGAGGAAAGAAGGGAGAGAAAGGUCAAUUUGGUAUUCCGGGUCGUCCGGGUCGUCCUGGACGUAUAGGACCAGCAGGUGCCCCUGGUCAAAGAGGACCGAUGGGUAGACCAGGACCUACUGGUGCAGUUGGGGAACCAGGCAUUAUGGGUCCUAAAGGUGACAUAGGUGUUGGUGUUAGAGGACCAAAGGGAGAAACCGGCGUCCAAGGUGUUAAAGGAGAGCCAGGCGCUAUUAUUACGCCUCCAUAUGGUUCUGACGCGCAAAAAGGAAGCAAAGGUUCUAUGGGUAUCCCAGGAAGACCAGGCCGCCGAGGUUUACCAGGUGUUCCAGGUGCACCUGGUCUGCAAGGAAUUAAAGGAGCUAAAGGAGACAGAGGCUUUGAUGGCCGAGAUGGAAGGAAUGGAGCUCCUGGAGCUGAUGGUAUUUAUGGACAAAAAGGAGAUCAAGGUGUUCCAGGUCUUAAGGGAGAGCCUGGUGUUGCUGUCCUGCCUGAUGGCAGUGCAGUACAAGGUCCACCUGGUCCACCUGGCCCACCGGGUCCACCUGGUAUUGGCCAUCAAGGCAUCCAAGGACCAGCUGGCCCACCUGGGCGUCCUGGAAGAGAUUUGUCUGGAGCUAGUCUCAAAGGAACAAAAGGAGAUACUGGGAAUCCUGGAGCACCUGGUUCAACUGGACCUAGGGGUCCCACUGGCCCACCAGGGAUAUCAGGUGAUGGAGGAGGCAGGAGCUACUCAGGGGCUUUAGUGCUCAAGUCUGAAGACGACAUGAUGGAUAUUGGUAGAGACGCUCCCAUUGGUACGUUUGUGUUUCUGCAAAGUCAGCAGGAAUUGUUUAUACGAGUCAUUGGCGGAUGGCAAAAGAUCAUGCUUGAUGUUAUCUUGCCUCUUCUUCCUGAUCCUACAACUGCACAACCAAGGCAGAUAGAGCCUACAGAAGCACCAGGUGGGGCGCCUACAUUGGGACCAGUUAUACAAGCUGAUGGCCUCAUGUUGUACAUGUACGCAUUAAACGAGCCCUUGAAUGCUUUUCUGUACAGUCCCAGUAGUAUGGGAGGAAUAAGCUCAGUGGAUUAUAAAUGUUAUAAAGAAGCACAAAGAAUGGGGCUGAAGGGUACAUUCCGAGCGUUCCUGUCAUCUAAUCUACAAGAUCUACGGUCAAUCGUCAGAAGGAAAGAUCGCAUAUUACCAGUUGUAAAUUCAAAGAAAGAAGUGUUGUUUGAAAGUUGGAAUAAAAUGUUUGAUGGCAAUGAAGCAAAAUUUAAUGACAAAAUUCAUAUAUUUUCCUUUGAUGGGAAAGAUGUAAUGACAGACAGUGCAACAUGGCCUGAAAAAUAUGUAUGGCAUGGGUCGUAUACUGAUGGCAGUAGAAACGAACAACAGUAUUGCAACCAAUGGGUUGCGUCUAAUCCAGCAAUGAUGGGCCAAGCAAGUCCACUGGCCAAGCACAAGCUCUUGGGUCAGGAGGCGUAUUCCUGUGAAUCUAAGUUGGUUGUACUAUGUGUACAAAAUGCUCAGCUAAAUGUUAGAAAAUAGUGUUCUAUUAUCCUAAUUUUAUUUAUAUUUGUGACCUGUCAUAUUUUUUUAAAUGUUGAAAUUAUGAAUGGUUUGUUCUCUUUCAUAACUUUUCAGUAAUGGUAACCUUGUUGGUUCAUAAUUCUUUUUUUUUUGUGAGUUAGGUCUUUCAUGGGUUUGCACUCUUUGCCAAAUUUAUUGUUUUAUUGCAAGUGUUCUUUGUUGUUUUUCCUUUCUACAGCAUGUUGUAAUGUCCUCUUUGUGUGUAGUGUAUGAUUAAGCAUGUCAACUUUUUACAUUUGUGAUAUUUUUUUUUUCAAAGAGCAUAUAUUUUGACACAUGGCUCUAUAUACUCACUUUUACAACUAUGCAAAUGAUUUUUUUUUAUGUUUCAGUCAUGAAUUUGUGUAUCUUACUUAGCACAUAAAGCUGAAAUUUUAUAUUUAGGAAAUACAUUUUACAUUAUAUUUACUUUUUAAUACUGUAGAAGAAUUUGGCUAUAAUGUUUUAAAAGUGUAUAAUAUGUUUAAAGUUCAAAGUUCAAAUUUGGGGGGUGAUAUGUUCAUGGGUUAAGCCAAAUGGCAGUUUUUAAUUGUAAAUUACCAUCCAUUUUUUGAACUUAGAGGUGCAAAGCAGUUACCAAGUAAAUGUACACAUUAUAGGUUAUGUCAUGCAGGUAUUAACUGAAAUAACUUAGUUAAUAUAUCUGAUGUUUAAAAUAUGUAUAAAACUUUUAGGGUUAAUUAUGUACUUAAAUAUAUGUAAUAUAAAAUUGGGUGGUAUAUACAGAUAUCAAUAUGUAGAUAUUACAGUCUGUCGGCUUAGAGUAAGUUAAUUCACACAGUACAAAAUUAAAAAUAUGCUAGGCAAUAAUGUUUGAAAAGAUACUUAAAGGAAGAUUUUAAAUGAAUAAUAGGAGGCAAGGCUUUUUAAUGUCAUAUCCAAAUCAUUUUGUACUAUUUUGUAAACUGUUUUUUGCUGCAAGAUACACUUACGUAUGUUAGGUAUAUAUAUAUAUAUUAAUGUAAUGAUCAGAUUAUUGGAUCGUACACUAUAAAUACAAUACAUUGACCCAAAUGCAUGAUGUUUUUUUUUUUUUUUAUUGGUGUCCAAUGUGAAAUCUGAAAUGAAAUAAAUAUAUCGCUAAAUUUGGUUGGUCAACGUAGUCAACACCAAACGAAACAUGCCAAAUGAGAUUGCAGUUCAUAUCUGUGCCAAAUACAUCAUGUCACUGGUUGUUGAUAACAAUUGAAUUUAGGAUAACUGUUAAAGAGCAAGAUUCUGCAUUUCAGAAUUAAAUUCCAUAUUCAUGUAUUUUUUUGUUGAAGGUACAGGGUUGAAAUAUAGGAUACUGCAGUAGUUUUUAAUAAUCUGUUCAGUUUAAUAGUUGAAGAAUGUGUAUUUCAUAUUUAUUGCCGAAAUAAAAUGUAAAAGUGAUCGAUAUGUUUAAA